GUUUGUAAAUGACCACUAGGAGUCAGCAAUGGGACUCGAGGCAAAGACGGAAGCGAGAAAGGUAGCGUUACUGCUAACUAUAGCAGGCCCACAAGCCCUGGAGGUGUACAACACGUUCAUGUUUGAUAAUGAAGAUGAUGGGAACAAACUUGAGAGUGUGAUACGAAGACGCCAAACUUUCUGACUGACCUGAGGCUCAAAGCACAGUCAUGCAACUUUGCAAACCUAAAAGAUUCCAUGGUACGUGACCACAUUGUUUUUGGAGUACACGACAAGAAAGUCAUAGAGAGGCUUUUACGUGAACUGGAGCUAACACUGGAAGGAGCUAUCAAAAUCUCUCACGCCAGUGAGCUACCUCAGAUGCAUACCAAAACAUUUGAAGGAAGAAAAACCAGUCUACACAGCAACAAAAUGGGAAGAUGUUCAGCUGUAAACGCUGUGGCACACACCACUUGCCAAGACAAUGUCCUGCUUAUGGAAAAAAGUGCACUAAUUGCCAAAGUUUGAAUCACCAAGCAGUGUUUCUCAAAAACAAAUGGGAGGAGGAAAAGUCGAAAUAUAUAUAUAUAUAGUGGAUGACACUGAUUUGUGUGACACUUUCUUCGUGGAACUAGUGAACCGUGAAAAUGAAAGUUCGAGUGAAGUAAAUACUGUUUCUGCAGACAAAUGGAUAGAAACACUCAAAAUAAAUGGAACUCUGGUCACAGUGAAGCUGGACACAGGUGCAAAAGCAAACCUCAUAAGUAUGAGUGAUAUCAAAGCAAUGACAAUGAAGCCAAAGAUUUACAGAAAGACUCUUGCACUAAAGGAUUACAAUGGCAAAGAGAUCAAAUGUCUGGGCUCCUGUCACUUAAGUGUGAAUGUGAAAGGCAAGAAUCAUCAACUGAUGUUCUCAGUGAUUCCAGAAGGACUCGAUUUAAUACUCAGAGACAAAGCCUGUGAAAGCCUGGAAUUGGUGAGGAGAGUGUACUGCAUCAACAGAGAUGUGAGUAAUAACACUGUUGACAUGAUUGUUGAAAAGUAUGAUGAGCCAUUCACGUACAAAAUCCGACUCAAAGAAAAUGCACAACCAGUCGUUCAUGCUGCACGCAGAAUCCCAGCCCCGCUGCGAGAACAGCUGAGGAAAGAAUUGGACAGGAUGACGAUGCUUGGAGUGAGCAAAAAGGUAGAUGAACCAACAGACUGGGUCAACUCCAUGGUAUGUGUAAAGAAAAAGAAUGGCGAUUUGAGAAUAUGUAUGGAUCCAAAAGAUCUGAAUGAAAAUAUAAAAAGAGAACACUAUCAAAUUCCAAAGAGAGAUGGAAUUAUCAAUGAGAUGGCUGGAGCUAAAUAUUUCUCAAAACUCGAUGCAUCUCAAGGUUUUUGGCAACUGAAACUGGAUGAAAACAGCACAAAGUACUGCACGUUCAACACAUCCUUUGGAAGAUAUUGCUUCCUCAGACUACCAUUUGGAAUUAUUUUUGCAUCUGAAAUAUUCCAUAAAGCAAUGGACAUUGACGGACUCAACGGAGUUUGUGUCUAUGUUGAUGACAUUAUCUGGGGAUCAACAAUUCAAGAGCACAAUGAGAGACUGAUCCUGGUGUUUGAACAGAUUCAAAAAUAUGGACUAAAACUCAACAAACAGAAGUGUCAGUUUGGAGUUAAUGAACUUGUUUUUCUGGGUGACAAACUUUCUGCUCAAGGUGUACAGGCAGACACAUCACGUCAAGUCCAUUGUAUGCUCAGUCCAAUGAAAAGGCAGAGAAAGGUGUGCACAUUCUCAAGCAACUGCUAA